ACCUAGGGUGACACUUUUUGCCAAAAAGCCAGGCAGCAUGGAACUCACUCUUCUCUGGGUGCUUCUGCCACUGGUCACUGUGGUCUGGGGCCACUAUGGUGACUACGGAUACCCAUACCAGCAGUACCAUGACUAUGGUGAUGAUGGCUGGGUGAAUCUGAACCGGCAGGGCUUCAGCUACCAGUGUCCCCAUGGGCAGGUGGUGGUGGCCGUGAGGAGCAUCUUCAACAAGAAGGAAGGUUCUGACAGACAAUGGAACUAUGAGUGCAUGCCCACGCCCCAGACCCUCGGGGAGCCCACGGAGUGCUGGUGGGAGGAGAUCAACAGGGCUGGCAUGGAAUGGUACCAGACGUGUUCCAACAAUGGACUGGUGGCGGGCUUCCAGAGCCAGUACUUCGAGUCAGUGCUGGAUCGGGAGUGGCAAUUUUACUGCUGUCGCUAUAGCAAGAGAUGCCCCUAUUCCUGCUGGCUGACAACAGAGUAUCCAGGCCAUUAUGGGGAGGAAAUAGACAUGAUUUCCUACAACUAUGAUUACUAUAUCCGAGGAGCCACAACCACUUUCUCUGCUGUGGAAAGGGAUCGCCAGUGGAAGUUCAUAAUGUGCCGGAUGACUGAUUACGACUGUGAAUUUGCAAGUGUUUAGAUUUGCCACCUACUAAAGCUGGGUAAAGGGAAAGGGGCCAGGAGCCCUGAUGGUGUCGCUUAUGUUAACAUCGGUUGGAACUCCUGUAGCUGUCUCUACUGCUCUCCUUUUUUCUCUCUGAGCUGGGAGCUACAGUGCCAGCUUCCUGGGCCUUCCUGACUAGGGUCACAUUUACAAUUAAAUUGUGCUUCUCACUUUUAACACUCUCCACGGCGACUGUCCUACACGACCGGUGAUGGCUUCUGCGCACACCGUGUGUACGUACAGCAAGCACGCUUCCAGCCCACCUCCUAGAGCACCUGCCACAGCCUUGUGACUAUCGUCACUGUAAAUUUAGCUUCAAGUUCAGCAUGGUGAACCUGGAUGGAGGGAGGGGCACAGCUUAAGGAAGGGUACAGUGAAGGCUCUGUAUACCUAAGUCUGCUCGAAUGAUAACGAGGGUCCUCAUUAAGGCAGCCUUCAGACUUCAGGGGAUAGGCAUCCACCUUCCCUCACCACAGGAAGCAUGUGUGCUGCCAAGUCCAAGUGCGGAGCUCCGUGCCCUAGAAGUAAAGGGACUGGCAGGUGAAAGAGGGAGGCGGAAAGGUUUGAGGGCAGAGCUGAAAGACAGGGUUAGAAGAAUCUCCUCAGUUCAAAGACAUGUUACUAAACCCAGAGACGAAAAUGGCUGUGGGGCCAGUGGUACCUGUGUGAAUCAGUCUCCAGGAAGGUCAAAGUAAUGAAAAGAGAAAUGUCAGAGAAUGGGGUUCAGAUUGGAACCCUGGGGAGAUGAGAGUGGCCAGGUGGCUUUUGAAAAUUAAAAGUGGGGUUUGAGUCAUCAGAAGAAGGGGGUUGCUGGUGAUUGCUCCCUAUGUUGUUCCCCCCAGCUAGAAGGUAGAUUUUUCCCAGGACUCCUGAGAGCAGACUGGCAUGUGGCUGACAGCCAUGGGGUACCACUGGAAAUUCGCCUGCACUGGUCCAGUGGGAAGGGCUGUCCUGAGGAUCUACUUCUGUUGGUGUUAGCUUGGAGAUGUCUUCUGCAGAGAUGGUCCUAGCUUUCUUCCUCCUCUGUUGCUUCUGUCCCCAGCCAUUUGUAUUAUCCCUUCAUUAAAAAACCAAAACAAUAAAAACAUGAACAUUCACUUCUUUGCAAA